GCAUUGUAUCCAUAUGUAUAACGCUAGCUUUCACUUUCACAUACUAACCAAUAUCUCCCUUACCUUCAAGAAUCAUGCAAAAGAGACACCAGAGCAGUAUCGAUAUCAUUGGCCCUCAGUAUCGCAUACCACAUUUUGUAGACCUAGUGAUUGUGAGAAAGGUGACGACAUUAACUGAUAACUUCACAGUCACAGACAUUAAUGGCAAAAUCUUUUUUAAUCUUAAGGCGGCCUCUCUCAUUUCCCUCUAUGAUCACCGUCUCUUACUUGACGCUGCCGGAAAAACCGUCGUCUUGACACUACAACGAAAGGUCAUCUUUUUUAUGGUAAAGACUCGACAUGAUCGAUGGGAAGCAUUUCGAGGUGAAAGCACAGAGCUAAAAGAUUUGAUAUUUAGUGUAAAGCGAUCAUCAAUCAUGUUUCAACUAAAGACCAAAUUAGAUGUAUUCUUAGCUAGUAAUACCAAAGAAGAAAUUUGUGAUUUUAAAGUCAAAGGAAGUUGGUUCGAGCGAUCUUGUGUUGUUUAUGCGGGCAAAUCCCACAACAUUGUUGCUCAGAUGCAUAAGAAGGAAAUUGUUGAAAGCGUUGCGUUUGGAAAAGAUAAUCUGACGGUUAGAGUUUAUCCCAACAUUGACUACGCAUUCAUGGUGGCAGUAAUUUUGAUUCUUGACGAAGUUAACCAAGAAAAAAUACAACAACAAUAGGAUGAAUUAUUGCAUCAACUUGAGAGACUUUUUUUUAUCAAUUGGCGAUAUUAGACAAUCAAUAAAUCAUGUUGAAACUUUUGUACGUUAGUACUUCACAUUUCAUCAGAGAAGUUUGUUUAUUUAAA